UGGAUUAAUUGUUGUCAAGUGGAUUUUCCUGACCCAGUGGAUUACUGAUUCAAGCAAGUUGGCGGAUGGAGAGGAACCGACUAGACAUUUGAUACCUGAUCGUACAUUAGACAACCCAUGCAAUUCUUUCUCGCCGGAGCCAGGAAAAGGAAAAAGUCGGAAAGCGGAAGCUGUUGAAAAGGAACGUUUAAGAGUGGAAGCAUAUCCUUACUGCCAAGGCGUUCUAUAUCGUUUUUUACGCCACCCCAAAUAUGCCGAGGGUCCACGCUAUUCAAAUGCCAAAUGCACUCGUGGUAAAAACGGGUAUAGAUGCACUGCAGAGCUGGGAGACGCUUCAAUGGGGAGUCUUUAUCGGAGCCUAUGCUCACAACCAACAGUGGAUCUUGCGUCAAUCGUAACAGACCGUGUAUUUUGGAGUUGGCCCUCACCAGGGAUCAAUUUCUUCUUAGCACCGCAGAAUAAAGAAACAGCAAAACAAGCGUUAGUUAGAGCUGAGGGUACCACAAUGCAAGUAAAAACAGGUAGUUAUGCGGUUUACGGAGUGAAAGGAGGCAGAGAUUACAUGGAGGAUUUGUAUGCCGUGGAAGAAAAUGAACCGACUACUGGAGCGUCAUUCUAUGCUGUUUUCGACGGUCAUGUGUCAGAGUAUGCUGCCAAUUAUGCGAGAGAGCACCUCAUAAAAAAUAUAGUAGCCAGUUACAAAAAACAGAUAGACUUGAGGAAAAAUUUCUCAUCAUCUCAAGCCUCAAAACGAUACAAGCAUCAGGGAUCUCAGAGAACCUCAAGAACUCUCAAAUCUACCAAAUCUUUCGGAUUUCAGACGAAUGAAGGAAUUGACUAUAAAAAACUUCUAAAUGAUGUUUUUCUGUCAACAGACAAAGCUCUAUGCGAGGAAUUAAUAGCUCUAGGGACGGAUUCAGGCACCACUGCAAUAGUUGCAAUGAUACAAGGGACUCGCUUAAUAGUAGCGAACGUGGGUGAUUCACGAGGAGUAAUGUGCGAUUCUGAUGGAUUUGUUGUACCCCUAUCGUUUGAUCAUAAACCAGAAUCGGAGGAUGAGAAGAGAAGAAUAGAGGAAGCUGGUGGCAAAGUAUCUAUGAGUCAUCAUGCUUACAGAGUUGACAACUAUCUAGCAACAUCGAGAGCGCUGGGAAACUGUCGCUGGAAACCUCAGAAUCGUAUAAUUGCAACCCCUGAUGUACUCAUCUUCGAUUUGUCCGAAUUUAGGCCGCAGUUCAUAAUCUUAGCGACAGAUGGUCUGUGGAAUAUUUUCACGAGCGAAGCAGCAGUAAAUGUGAUUCAAAAACACUUUCAACAACCAUUUUUCGGAGCUCAGGAUUUAACGCGACUGUCUAUUGUCUGGGGGAGUAGAGAUAAUACUUCAAUUAUGGUGAUUAAUUUAAAGAAUCAUGCCUGGCCAGAAAAAAAACCGAUGGAAAAAAAAAAGUCAUCUCGAAGUCUCAGUUCUGCAUUUUCUUCUAAGAGAAGAAAUAAAUCACUAGCAUCCAAGUCAUCAUCCAUUCGAUCUCCAUGAGGCUUGAGGGGAAUAAAAGGAAAUAUUGAAUUGGAGGAAAAAGUAAUCCAUGCACUGAAAAAACGAGAUUAGGGCUGGGCCCUAGAAUUGCUUCACCUCCACCGCCACAGGGG